GUCAAUCAAAAUAAAACUGGCAUUUAAAUAUGACAUUAUCCUAAAUUAAUUAUAUUAUUGAAAAAAAAAAUAAAUAAAUAACACUAAUAUUGAAAAAAAUGAGAACAUUUUAAUAGAAGAGUUAUUAUAAGUAUAUAAACGUAAUAGAAAUUUAAUCCCAAUUCUAGAGAUACUUACUGUUUUAAUAAUUAAUUAAAUUGUUCACAAAAAAGGAAAAAAAAAAUAAUGGAUUUCCAUGCUUUAUUAAUUGAACUAAAGGAGAAAUAUACACAAGUAAGAAAACUUUUAGAUACCGAUGAUAAAAUAAUAGACGAGACAAAACCAUAUAAAAAUAAAUAUGCAGCAAUUAAUAUUUUAAAAGAAAUGCAAAAUUCACUUUUAGAACAAUCAAAUAAUGUUGUUAAAGAAGAGAACGAUGUAAAUACAUUAUUAGCAAUAAUAUCAUUAAAUCUUGGUAUUGUUUAUGUUGAAACUGAAGAAUUAAAACUUGGUGAAGAAUAUUUUAUUAAUUGUAUUGAUAAUUUAAGUGAAAAUGAAAUUUUACCACAAAGAAUAAUACCAAUGAUAAGUGCUUUAAAUCAAUUGGGUAUAAUUUGGUCACAAAGAAAUCAAGCAUCAAUGUCAAAAACAUUUUUAGAACGCGCUGAAAAUAUUUAUAAAGAUUUUAUAAAUAUCAAUAAAGAACCAAUUAAUAUGUCAACAUUAUUUUUAAUAAAACUCAUUGAUGAACAAGAACCAAAAUUAGUAUUAGAAAAAUUACAUACAUUAACAUUAUAUUAUUUGGCACAAAUUUAUGGUACAUUGGAAGAUUAUUUGAAAUCAGCAAUUUAUUGUCAUAUGACAUUAUCAAGACAAUUGGAAUAUAAAGAUUUUGAAAGUAUUGAUUGGUCAUUAAAUGCUGCGACAUUGUCACAAUUUUUUCUUGAAAAAGAAUGUUUUUCACAGGCGAAACAUUAUUUAUCGGCGGCAACUUAUAUACUUGAAAAUUAUCAAAAUACAUUAACAACAAUUGAAACUGAUGUUGAAAAUGAAGAGACAGCGGCAAAAUUAGAAAAUUAUAAACACAGAAGUGCAGAUAUAUCACGAUGUUGGAUAAAAUAUGGAAUAUUAUUAUUGAGUGCAUCAAAAGAACGUCUUUUAAUUAAAAGUGAAAAUGACAAUGAACAAGAGGAAAUGAAAAAAUGUGAAAUUGAUAAAAAUUGUUUAAUUAAUUUACAAUUUACAACAAUUGAAAAGAAUAUUGAAACAAUUGCCAAUGAAAUAACAGAUAAUUAUCUUCUUGAUUUUAGUGAUGCAAAAUUAAUAUUUUUCAAAAUCAACGAAUGGAUCGAUAGUGCAAAACAAUAUUAUUCAUUGGAAAAUCAUGCAUCUGAUUAUGUUCAAUUAAUACAGGAUCAAUCGCAGGCCUAUAAAGAUUUGGCAUUUUUUCACAAUGACGAAGGACAACAGGCAAAAAUGCAUAAACGACGAAUUGAUAUGUUGGAAGAUGUAUUAAAAGAAUUACACGAGACAUAUUAUCAAAGUAGUUGUCGACAAAUAUGGAUGGAAUUAGGUGAAACGUAUUCGGAAAUUUUGGAUAUUAAAUUAGAUCGUCUACAAGCAACUGACGAACGUCCCACGGCAAAUAUGUUAAAAAAAAUUAAUAAUUUAACAGCAUCGGCAAUAAAAAAUUUUGAAAAAUUCAUUGAUUCAUUAAAAAGUUCAAAAAUUUUCAUUGAAAAUAAUAAAUUUCCCGAUGAAAUGAUAAGACCAGUAUUGAGUGCUUAUUUUCAUUGUGGUCGAUUGUAUAAUAAAUUUAUAACACCCGAUAAACAACAACAAUUGGAAAAUGUACAAAAAAGUUACAGUGCAUAUUCAUUUCUCGUUAAUUAUUGUGAACGCGAUUCAAAUGCUAAGGAUUUAAUGGCAGUUGAAUUAAGUGUUUGUAAAGAUUUUGUUAAAUUACUUCCAUUGAAAAUUAGUAAAUUAAAAUUAGAAAUAAAUCAUUAAUUAUAAUUAUUUGUGCAAAUAAAUGAAAAUUUAAGUUUCUAAUAAAUUGUGAACAAACUAGA